UAAAUAAUUUUUGACCGAAUGAAAGGAGUAUUAUUUUUUUAAGAAUAUAUUAAACAAAAAAUAAAAAUUUCAUUGGAUGAUUUUGGAUCAGAAAAAAAAUCCUAAAUAAAAUCCAAACUUUAAAAGGAACGCACUUAUUAAAACAUCAGCUUGGAUAGGGUGCUACCAAGGCUGAUCUUUAUAAUUAAAUAAUAUAUAAUUAUGUUAAUUAUAUUAUUUAAUUAUAUAAAUUAGGAUUAUUAAGUUUUCACCCAUUUAUCCUGAAAACAUACUAAUUAUUCUUAAUUAUGAAAAAAAUUUCCUUAUAUAUAUAUGUAUAAAUUUACUUGAAAACCACCCCUCCAAUCCCAGUAUUUAUUCACCUUCACUACCCCCCAUUGGCUGCUACUACCAUCAACAACUACUCUACUCUACUACUUGAUGGAUCUAUUAUUUUGUUCAUCAUAUUAGGGAAGAAAACAAAAAAAAAAAAAAAAAAAAGGAGAGAAAAGAGCAACUAACCUGGAAACAAACAUGGCUUAUCAUCAUCAUCUUCUUUCACCCCCACAAGGAUUUACUGAAAUGGAUUUGGUUCCAUGGGGAGAAGAAGAAAUUCAUCAUUUGCUGGUUGAUUAUCCUCCACCCCUUGUGCAUCCUGGAGAAUUCAUUUCACUACCAGAAUUGGCUAUGGAGGAUAAUAACAAUCAUAAUAACAAAAGAUCAUCAUCAUCACCAGCCCUCCUCCUGGAAAAUGGGAGCCAAUACACCACACAAUCAGCAUCAGCAUCAGCAUCAGAAUCAGAUGAUGUGUUGAUCAUACAACAAGAUCUCACCCGAAAAAGAUCACGUUGUACCCAAUCUCGUAACCUCAAUGAAAGGCUGAGGAGGCAGAGACUUGGAGAGAAGUUUAAGGUUCUACAAGAACUCAUUCCCAACUGUCAUAAGAGAGACAAAGCAUCCACCCUGGAUGGUGCUAUUAAGCAUAUCAAGACAUUGCAGUAUCAGCUUCAGCACAACAUACCAGAUGAUGUCCGGGUGGGCAAGUUUCGGCAUUCGUCAUCCAUCACCAUCGAUGAUGCCACAAUCGAUAGAACCGCGAAUCCAAUGGGAAUCACAAGAGGAGAAUGCCACUUCAGUGUUCCCCAGAGCCAGUUAGGAAGUUCAUUCACUUCAUGUGAAAAUUGUCAGAACUCAAUCCAAGUCAGAAUCCAUGGAAGCUCAACCCCAUCAAAGGGAGCAACCACUGAUUAAAUACAGAAGUGCUAUGAAUUGAAGUCAUGAAAAUGACAUAAAAUCAAUAGCAUGAAUGUAUGGCUGCAAUCAAUUUACUGAAAAUCAGGAAGCAUUAGUUUAAACAGACCAGCAGAUGCAUUUCAUAAGUUUAAGUAAAUCUAUUCUAAAUAGGUUUAAAUAUACGUACGGGUAGUCGUGUACAAGCC